GCCAAAUUGUGAACAAAGACGAAGAUCAGAACAAUCCAUGGCAGAUGAAAUCAACGCAAGUGUCUUUCCGGCAGCAUUCAUCUCCCAGAUCCUUUGUUCUCGACUGCAACCAUACCUCAGCCAAAUCGCACAAGCAACUACCACCAAUAUUACUUUCGAUUAUGAUGAACAGCGAUUCCUGAUCUCCGGCAAUACAACGGAUGCAUGCGACGAUGCAGUUGCAAAUCUUAUAAGACUAAUUGAGACUUCGGGAAGCAACAAUGUUGGCGCAGAUGGAAUGGUCAAUACGUACGAAGCUCUUCCUUUAGUAAAUCAACUGUCCAGCUUUGGCAGGGAUCCACCUACACCCGUGACGACGACGCCUGUGAUCGCUGUGCCAGAACCGAUGGUAGAGGAAGUUAACUUAAAGUUACCUGUUUUUGAAAGCGAUGAGAAGGCUCCGGAUGCUGAUGAAGAUGAAAAGAAGAAUGAGCAAGUUUUCAGAGCUGUAUUCACCUUCGCCAAGAAUGUGCACAAUGUGCAAUUGGUCCUGUCGCCACCUCAUUUGUUCCAACAGACAAGUUCUGAGUACCUGCACCAAAUCGCCGAACGCACAAAUACAACCUGUACUCUUGAUGAUCGAACCAUUACCAUCACCGGUAACAAUGAAAAAGAUGUUAAAGCUGCUGAGCAGUGUUUCCAAGUAUUGCAGGCAAUUUAUAAACGCAUGAAAAAAUACAAUACCAAGUGCAAGCCUAUUGCCGUCACUCACUAUCCUACCAAGUUCGAUCACUUUGGUUUGGUAUUUUGCCAUCUCCCACGAUACGCUUACCUAAACCUUGUUGAUCUUCAUCCGAGCGAAUCUAAGCCAAUGCAGGCAUUUUUUGUGCUGAUACCAGCUUUCAAAGACAUGCAGGGCAAAUACAUGCCACCGAAGCUAAUGGUAGAAGAUCAAACAAUGCAAAGUACGAAUUUUUCUGACAUGGAUGCGGCCUCCAGCUCUCCAAAUUCACUGUCAUCGAUUGAUGCUGACCACUUGAAGGUCGCCUCACCCUCCAUUGACACCUCGUCCAUACCUGCCGAAUCACCACCAGCUACGCACCAUUCUGAAAUACCCCAAUUUCAUAUAUUACGACCUAGUAGUGAUCUUAGUAAAACCAAGGAAGUGCCCACUGUCGUUAAACAAGCCGAAAAAGUGGUCGCAAAAGCAACCGUAGAAAAAAAUGUACCCAAACUCACUUCAUAUUCCAAAUCAAAAGUUACGUCAAUUCAAAGCUCUACUUGGCCUCAAUCGGCAGUUCAAAACCGCCAGCCGUGGAGUGAAAUCUCUGAGGCGGCGGCUGAUAUAAGUCUAGGAGAUGAUGCAUUUCCCCCUCUUGGAAAGUCAUCCAAAGCUUCAUCAAAAAAGACGGUGGCUUCUUCUGGACGAAAACAGGAUGAUGUCUCACAGAUGAACAGACAAUUCAAAACGAUGCGGUUGACCCAGCUUCCAGCAAACACGUUGCCACCUGAUUCUGAUCUGUCGCCAGUAGAAGCGCUUCGAGCGUAUAAUUUCCACACCAUUUAUACCACUUUGCAUGAGGUGUUUGAGGAUGUUCGAGGAUACAAAGGAGAUCUCCGGUUUAGUGCAAGUCUUGGCAAAGUUCUGUGGAGUAACAUCAAGCCGGAAGUGCAGCAACGAAUUUGGGAAUACACAGAUCUUCGGGAUAUCGUUCAGAAUCAAUACGGCGCCGUGUCGCAGUUUAAUAAUAUAACAACAACCCAGGAAGAGAUCGUUAACAGCAUUUCCGACAUACUACCCCAAGCUUUUGGCCGUAGUGCUCAUUAUGAAAUUACCGCUAAUGCUCGGAAUCAACCAAACAAUCGAUACAGUGAAGUUAAUAUGAAGGUGAAUGCCAAUAUCAUCGAUCUGGAGAAGGUCACUGUAUGUCACCAGACGUUAGCUGAGAUAGAUUGGGUAUCACUGGAAAGAAAAUUCGACUUUUCGUUGAAAUUAACCAAAAAAGACCAAUUACGAACGGACAUAAAACCAUUUUCAACGUUUAUUCGAAAAGUUUCCAUGAGCGUGAAGAGCCGAAAUAUCACUUUUCAAAAUAUACCCGACUUCCUUGACGUUAAACAGAUUCUAUUUAAGCAAACUCAACGGUUCAGACUGCAUUAUCCGUUCAUCGUGGAGAUUACUCGAGUCGAGCUUUUACCGUUACAACGACAAGGGAGUGCUAGUACGAUUUUAGGACAUACUGGCAAAGGACCUGUUUGGUUUGAGUUUGAAGUACUGUUUAAUGAACACUGCGAACACUUUAAAGAGAACCUCAAACUCCCUAAUGGUACGCUUGCUUCAUGGACUGCCGAUGAUAUGCUUGGACCCCAGGAUACAGGAGCGAAGUUUGUUGAAAUCAUCAAAUGUAUGCUUUUAUUUGUCGAGCACUCUCAUCGAGUCUGUUAAUGUGCUUUUUACCUUGGCAACCAACCAUAGCCCUUGCAUUAGUAAACAUUUGUAAAAUACAUACACAUAACACAUUUGAGCUGCUUUAUCCUUGCGCGGCAUAGCCUUUUCAUUUUCCUUUUUUUUUUUUUUUUCUAAUGUGAAGAAUUUUAAGGUUACAGUCCGUUGAUUCCACUCCAAUCUU